GAGGGGACGAGGACUAAGUUUUCUUUUUCUGCCUCAGCCGGUUGUCUUCAUUAUAACUUCCGGGAAAGUUGUGCGUCUUUUUCGCCGCUGCUUUUAACGCGAGUGUUUGGCGAAAGGUCGCCAUCUGGUGGACAGGAAUGUUGCACUCCAGUGUGAAGUCAUUCCCGACUCUGUCUCAAACUUCCGAGAUAAUGGGAAAGGACAGCCAUAGGUUACCUGAACAUAAGAUAGGGAUUUACUCCGAGGGACCUCAGUGUUGAUGGUGGAUAACUGGAGAAACAUUCAGGGAGAAGUCCAGUUGCCGAGCGAGGACACACCUGCCUGGGUCAGCAAACAUGAAGAAAUUUCCAAUAGAAGCCAAAGACAUCGAUAAUGGAGAGAAGAAGAAAAAGGAAAAAAAGCCAAGUGUUGGAUACUUUCAGCUGUAUCGAUUUGCCACCUGGAGAGACACCGUGAUGAUGGUGGUGGGGGGUUUGUGCGCCCUCGUACACGGUGCAGCUUCACCUCUCAUGCUUCUCGUGUACGGCAUGAUGACAGACACGUUUGUGGCUUAUGAGCUUGAAGUCCAGGAGCUGAAAGACCCGAACAAGGAAUGCAACAACAACUCCAUCUAUUGGAUAAAUGGCUCCAUAUUUGAGACGGCUGAAAACGAGACGGUGUACUGUGGGGUGGAUAUUGAAGCACAGAUGACCAUGUUUGCAUAUUACUAUAUUGGAAUUGGAUUAGGUGUUCUGUUUGUUAGUUAUUUUCAGAUUUUCUUCUGGGUGUCAGCGGCUGCAAGACAAAUUCAGAGAAUAAGGAAGACUUAUUUCAGAAAAGUCAUGCAGAUGGAGAUCGGAUGGUUUGACUGCAACUCCGUUGGUGAACUGAACACGAGGAUAUCAGAUGAUAUCAACAAGAUCAACAACGCCAUCGCUGACCAGGUGUCUAUCUUCGUUGAGAGGAUCUCCACAUUUGUGUUUGGCUUCAUGGUUGGAUUCAUUGGUGGGUGGAAGCUGACCUUGGUGGUCGUAGCAGUGAGCCCACUGAUUGGAAUAGCUGCCGGACUUAUGGCCACGGCUGUGGCCAGGCUGACAGGACGAGAGCUGAAGGCCUAUGCAAAGGCGGGGGCAGUGGCUGACGAGGUGCUGUCGUCCAUCAGAACGGUAGCAGCCUUUGGUGGGGAGAGUAAAGAGGCUGAAAGAUAUGAUGGAAACCUUGCGGAAGCUCAGACCUGGGGAGUGAAAAAGGGAACCAUCAUAGGAGUUUUUCAAGGAUACCUGUGGUGCAUCAUUUUCUUUUGUUUCGCUCUGGCCUUUUGGUAUGGAUCAAAAUUGGUCAUUGACACAAAGGAGCUGUCUCCUGGUAGUCUCAUUCAGGUAUUCUUUGGAGUACUUAUGGCAGCUAUGAACCUGGGUCAGGCCUCACCCUGCCUGGAGGCCUUUGCUUCUGGCCGUGCUGCAGCAAAGACCAUUUUUGACACAAUUGAUCGGGAACCGGAAAUCGAUUGUUUCUCCGAAGAAGGUCACAAACUAGACAAAGUAAAAGGCGACAUUGAGUUUCACAACGUCACAUCUUUCUACCCAUCCCGUCCUGAGGUCAAGAUCUUAAAUGAUCUGAGCAUGCAGAUCAAAGCAGGAGAAACUACUGCUUUUGUGGGACCGAGCGGAUCUGGAAAGAGCACGACCAUCCAGCUCAUCCAAAGGUUUUAUGACCCAAUGGAGGGAACGGUGACUUUGGAUGGCCACGACAUUCGUACUUUAAACAUCCAGUGGCUCAGAUCUCUCAUCGGUAUUGUUGAGCAGGAGCCGGUGCUGUUUGCCACAACCAUUGCAGAGAACAUCCGGUUUGGUCGACCUGGAGUGACAAUGGAAGACAUCAUCCAAGCAACUAAAGAGGCUAAUGCCUAUCAUUUUAUUAUGGACCUGCCACAGAAAUUCGACACUCUGGUGGGAGAAGGUGGAGGACAGAUGAGUGGAGGACAGAAGCAGAGGAUUGCCAUCGCUCGGGCUCUGAUCCGAAACCCCAGGAUCCUGCUGCUGGAUAUGGCCACAUCUGCCUUAGACAAUGAGAGUGAAGCUGUUGUCCAGGAGGCACUGGACAAGGUGCGAACGGGCAGGACCACAAUUUCUAUCGCCCAUCGCCUCUCCACAAUAAGAAAUGCAGAUGUCAUCAUUGGUUUUGAGCAUGGACAGGCCGUGGAGAAGGGAACACACAGUGAGCUGAUCGAAAGGCGAGGAGUCUACUUCACUCUGGUCACCCUGCAGAAUCAAGGCACAUCUGACACAUCUAAAGAUGUGAUCAGUGAAGGUCAAGAAGAUUUUGAAAUAAAAUCAAGGAGUUCUAGUUUUGGAAGCUGCGCCUCUGGUCAAAGGAGCUCUGUUCGACUGCGAUCUCUUAGCAAACUGUCAAGUUAUUCCGGCACGCCGUUAGACAGCAUCAGCAUCACACCCGUUAAUCUAAAACAUGAGGUUGGUCCUGAUGAACAUGUUGAGCCCGCCCCAGUGGCACGUAUCCUCAAGUACAACCAACCAGAAUGGCCCUACAUGCUGCUGGGCUCGCUGGGAGCUGCUGUCAACGGCUCUGUCAACCCCAUCUACGCUAUCCUGUUCAGCCAAAUCCUCGGGACUUUUGCCAUUCCUGACUUGAACGAGCAGAGGGAGCAGAUCGAUGGGAUAUGUCUUCUGUUUUGCAUUGUGGCUGUGGCUAGUUUCUUCUCCCAGUUUUUACAGGGAUUUGCCUUUGCCAAGUCUGGAGAACUGCUGACCCGUCGUCUAAGGAAACUGGGUUUCCAGGCCAUGUUGAGACAGGAGAUUGGCUGGUUUGAUGAUCCCAGAAACAGCCCCGGCGCUUUGACCACCAGACUGGCCACAGAUGCAUCCAUGGUCCAGGGGGCAACAGGAUCCCAGAUCGGCAUGAUCGUUAACUCGUUGACCAACAUUGGAGCGUCUUUCAUCAUUGCUUUCUACUUCAGUUGGAAGUUAACUCUGGUCAUUAUGUGCUUCCUGCCACUCAUCGGGCUGUCCGGGGUAUUCCAAGCCAAAAUGCUCACAGGGUUUGAAAAUCAAGAUAAAAAAGCUAUGGAAGCAGCAGGUCAGGUAUCCAGUGAGGCUCUUGCCAACAUCAGGACGAUUGCAGGCUUGGCCAAAGAGAGCUCAUUUGUGGAAUCAUAUGAGCAGAAACUCGAGCUUCCAUAUAAAUCAGCCAAGAAGAGAGCGCACAUUUAUGGGCUGUGUUUUGGUUUUUCCCAGUGUGUCAUCUUCAUGGCAUAUGCUGCUUCAUUCAGAUAUGGAGGCUAUCUGGUUAGCUCUGAGGGGUUGCAAUACAUGUUCGUUUUCAGAGUGAUUUCAGCCGUAGUGAUCAGUGGGACGGCGCUUGGCAGAGCUUCCUCCUUCACUCCAGAUUAUGCCAAAGCCAAGACUGCUGCUGCUCAGUUUUUCAGACUUUUGGACCGUGUGCCAAAAAUCAGCAUGAGUGACACAGAUGGAGAGAAAUGGGAUAAAUUCAGAGGUGAAAUAAAGUUCAUCAACUGCAAGUUCACCUAUCCAACUCGGCCAGAUAUCCAGGUGUUGAACGACCUGGUUGUGUCCGUGAAGCCUGGUCAGACUUUGGCAUUUGUUGGGAGCAGCGGCUGCGGGAAAAGCACCAGUGUUCAACUGUUGGAAAGGUUCUACGACCCCGAUGAAGGGCGAGUGUUGAUUGAUGGCCGCCCAUCUCAUAGAGUCAAUGUGCCCUUCCUACGAUCUCAGAUUGGCAUAGUGUCCCAGGAGCCAGUGCUGUUUGACUGCAGCAUAGCGGAGAAUAUUCAGUAUGGCGUUAACACGCGUAGUGUCAGCAUGGAAGAGAUUGUUGAGGCUGCUAAGAAAGCCUACCUUCAUGAUUUUGUCAUGACACUACCAAAUAAAUAUGAGACUCAGGUUGGUGCCCAGGGUUCUCAGCUGUCAAGAGGACAAAAACAACGCAUUGCCAUUGCCCGAGCCAUUGUCAGAAACCCCAAGAUCCUACUUCUAGAUGAAGCUACCUCUGCCCUGGACACAGAGAGUGAAAAGACUGUUCAGUCUGCGCUCGAUGAGGCCAGAAAAGGUCGAACCUGCAUCGUCAUCGCUCACCGGCUCUCAACUAUCCAAUCUGCUGACAUCAUCGCGGUGAUGUCAAAUGGAACUGUCAUAGAACAAGGCACACAUGAUGAACUCAUGUCCAAGAGAGGUGCCUAUUAUAAACUGGUCACAACAGGCGCACCUAUCAGCUAGACCCUGGCAUGUUUUU